AUGAGGAACACAUAUGCAAUAAUUGUCGGGAUUAUCGAUAGGAAUUUUGUGCUUUUGCAAAAGAAGGACGGUACCCGAGAGGUGUGUGCAACGAACAGACUACAUCUCGAGGAAGAGGUGAUUGACAUCAGUGGGCUUUCAGCCGAAGAAAUAGGGAAUGCGAUUCCUGGCGACAUUUGUGUCAACGACACUACAAAUGACUUUGAUAGGUUCAAGCAGAAGCUCACCAAGCGAAUUGAGGAUGAGAUACUGAGGGAGAAGGGAUUGGCGUGA